AUGUCUCCCGAAUCUUCCGUACUAUUUCCUGACCGGCCUAUUCGACCUCUUCCGAAACGUCGGCUACGUGAACGACUUUCUCCAGACGUCGCCGAUAGCAUCCAAUACCCCCCCGCACCUCAAACUUCGGCGCCCCUGUUUGUCUACCCGUAUAAUGCCAAGGAUGAUUUGUCGUUAGGAACCGAGCCUCUAAGUGUAGCACAUCGAGAGAAUGCUGCUGAAUUAGGGCAAGAAGCCGGUCUCCGCAGAAACGGCCUGGGUAACGAAAAUGAUGGUCACUCACUGAUUGGACAAGCUCGGAGAGCUUUCGUAUCACGACCCCUCCACGAUUCGCCAGGACAUGCGACUCGUGCCCCUCUACGACAGGGUCAAUCUCGACAACCAAAUCCGCAGCCACCGCCUUCUACCGCGUCUUCUGCAGACGGCUACGAGUCCUUUGAGAACAGCAACAACAAGAAGAAGAGGAAGAUUCCAACUGCUGGUGAGACGAUUUUGAAUGGGACUCACGUGUUGAAUGAUCUUGGAGCGCUAGGAGUAUCAUCGCCCGUAGCAACAGGCGAUGAAGGAUCUUUAGAUAUCUCUGGAUCAGCUUCUGCAGCUUAUUAUCAAUCCGGCGGUCUCGCAACGGGCGGGCAAGGAAUUUCCGGUCCCGGCAGAGGUAGGUACGGCCGGGUACGCAAUGGUAGGAGCCCAUUAAGAACCCUGUCAGACCCGAAUAGCAACUGGGGAAACCGGACCCCUAAUAAACUUAGACCAGGUGGUUUACAAUAUUCAUCGCCGCCUGCAGGCGAGAAUUCUGGGAUUAUCUCCACCGCCAUCGCUAGUGCAGAGAAGCUUCAGGUACCCCAAGGCCAAGAAAAUAUCAGUCUUUUACACCAAGAAAUAUCUACGAAGUCUAGUCCAACACCAUCAGCGCAGUUUACCUUUACGUUUGAUUCCCAAAACCCUGUUUCUUGGCCUGGCUCUGAUCCAGCGCCGUCAAAUAUGGGGCCCUCAAACCAUACGAACCAGUCUCAUUCGGACUCCCGAGACUCGUACAAUGGUCUUGGUGGUAGAUCUCAAAAUGGAUCAGGCCCUCCCCCAAACAGGCCAGGAAGCAUGCAGGGAGGAACUAACGCUGCAACCAACGAAGCAGGUAAAGGAGCAGCCCAAGGUAAUGCGCCACCGAAGAAAUCAAAGCGUCGCGGCAACUCCCUCUUGCAGGCGGCCAAACAACGCCGUAAAGAAACAGAAUUCCAGAAUUUUCACCACCCACCGGCCCUGGAGGAUAUCUGGAUAUGCGAAUUCUGCGAGUACGAACGGAUCUUUGGUCGUCCACCUGAAGCCUUAAUUCGGCAAUACGAGAUCAAAGACCGCCGACGACGCCGGGAAGAAGCAGAGAGGCGCAGGUUAUUGGAGAAGGCAAAAAUGAAGUCGCGCAAAGGCAAGAAGGCGGGUAAAAUGCCGGCGAAGAAUAACUCCAGUGCCCCUGAUCGCAACCUCGCGUCUACGGCCGGGCAUGCUCCUCCUCCUCGACCUCAUCUAAAUGAUCAUGAUGAAGAUCAGAGCCUGCACCAAGGUCAGAUCCACGAAGAAGAUCAAGAAAAUGGUUAUGGUUCUGAGGGUCACUACGAAGAAGAGGGACUGGGUGUAGAUAUGCCUAGUCAUCCACGAGCACGCGGUAAUAAGGGCGGUGGAGGAGUGGAUAGUCGUCAUGAAGGCAUCUACGUGAGCCAGUGA